AUGGCCGGUGCUUCUGGAUCUGACGGUUCCGAGCAGCCCUCACUGGCCGCCGCAUCGGGCGCGGGAGGCGACUCAAAGCCGGAAUCCGCAAAGGCAGGCGGCGCGAAGCAGCUGACCCCGCAGGAGCGCGCGCGACUCGCGGCGGCGCGGCGACGUGCGCGGGGGAGCAAUGCGAGGCCGGGAAGUGCGGGGAAAGGCAAGCAGGGAGUCGCCACGUCACUCUACUUUUCCGUGGUGGCUCUUAUAAUCGCCAUCUGGGCCGUCUUUAUUUUCCGCGCCAUUCAAGCCCCCCCGCCGGUCCCGCUCACCGACGCUGACGUAACCAGCCCGCGCGUCCGCCUCUCGGACGGCCGCCACGUGGCGUACCACGAGAUGGGCGCGGCUGCUGACGUGGCCAAGUACCAGGUGCUGGUGGUGCACGCGUGGCAGACGUGCCGACUGAGCAUGCUGCCCAACAUCACGCAGGAGUUCUUAGAAUCCCACGACAUUCGGCUGGUGAGCUACGACCGAGCGGGCUAUGGCCAGAGCGACCCGAACCCGGAGCGCACUCUGCAGAGCGACGUGCGCGACGCAGGGGAGGUGGCAACGGCAGUGGGGUUGGGGGAGAAGUUCUACCUCGUCGCGACCUCCAUGGGGACUUACGUGGCGCUCGGCGCGCUCAGAUACCUGCCGCACCGGCUCAAGGGUCUGACGAUAAUCAGCGUGGUGGGGAACCCCUGGGACCCCACGUGGCCCAAGCACGAGUUCACAGCCACGUGGCAGCAGAUGCCAGUGCAAGAUCGCAUCACGCUGCUGCUGGCCCGCCACGUGCCCUCCCUGCUGCACGCGUGGUUCUCCCAAACCCUGGUGCCGAUGGGAAACUUUCGGGAUCCCUUCCAUCCGCAUCCCGUGGAUUUGUAUGAUUCGGACAUGGCUGCCCUCGCGAGCACUGAUGUGUUUGGUUAUUUCGCCCGGAACAUGCAGGAGGGGGCAAAACAAGGAGCAGGCGUGUGA